CUUUUUGAAUGGAUGGAUACACAUGACGAACAGUUUGCAUUACGUGUAUAUAUACUUCGGUUGAUCUCAAAAUUUUUAUAGCCUAUCACCAUUAGAAAAUUUUGAGAUGUCAAACUUUCAGCUUUCUAGUGUUUCCUUUUCUUCGUCUAUCUUACCAUCGGCCGUUGAUGAUAAUAGUGACACGAAGCUGGAUGUUAUCCGCAACACUAUGAAUUUCAGUGCUAGCAUAUGGGGGGAUCAGUUUCUUACAUUUGAAGAGCCAGAUGAUCUAGAGAUGGAGAAGAAAGUAGUUGAAGUGCUCAAAGAAGAAGUAAGAAAGGAGCUAGUGAUCAAAGGUUCCUCUAAUGAAUCACUGCAACAUAUGAAGUUGAUUGAACUUAUCGAUGUAGUCCAACGCCUUGGCGUUGCCUAUCAUUUCGAAGAGGAGAUCGAGGAAGCCUUGAAACAUAUAUAUGUUACAUAUGGUGAGAAAUGGGUGGAUCUAAACAACCUACAUAACCUUUCUCUUUGGUUCCGACUCCUUCGGCAACAAGGCUUCAACGUUUCAUCUGGAAUAUUCAAGUACCAUAUGUGUGAGAAGGGAAAUUUUAAGGAGUCUUUAUGUGAAGAUGCUCAAGGAUUGCUUGCUUUGUAUGAAGCAUCUUAUAUGCGGGUGGAAGGCGAAAAAGUACUAGAUGAUGCCCUCGAGUUCACUAAAACUCACCUUGCUAUCAUAGCAAAGGAUCCUUCUUGCGACUCUUUAUUGAGAGCCCAAAUACAAGAAGCACUAAAGCAGCCUCUCCGGAAAAGGUUGCCAAGGCUAGAGGCCGUGCGUUACAUACCUAUUUACCAACAAGAUGUUUCCCACAAUGAGGUCUUACUGAAGCUUGCAAAGUCCGAUUUUAAUGUCCUUCAAUCAAUGCACAAGGAGGAACUUAGCCAAAUUUGCAAAUGGUGGAAAGACUUGGACAUGCAAAAGAAACUACCUUAUGUUCGAGACAGAUUGAUAGAAGGCUAUUUUUGGAUACUGGGGGUCUAUUUUGAGCCUCAACAUUCUCAUACGAGAAUAUUUUUAAUGAAAACCUCCAUGUGGUUGAUUGUUCUGGAUGACACAUAUGAUAACUAUGGAACUUAUGAAGAACUCAAGAUCUUUACUGACGCUGUUCAAAGAUGGUCAAUGAGCUGCUUGGAUUUGCUUCCAGAGUAUAUGAAACUAAUAUUCCAAGAACUUUUGAAUCAUCACCAAGAAAUGGAGGAAUCACUUGAAAAGGAAGGAAAAACAUACCAGAUCCACUAUGUGAUAGAGAUGGCAAAAGAGGUGCUUGAAAACAACUUAGUUGAAGCUAAAUGGUUAAAAGAGGGGUACAUGCCAACUCUUGAAGAGUACAUGUCUGUUUCAAUGAAGACUUGUACCUACGGCUUGAUGAUAGCGAGAUCCUUUGUUGGCAGGGUUGAUAAUAUGGUCACUGAAGACACCUUCAAAUGGGUCGCCACAUAUCCUCCUAUUGUUAAAGCUGCAUGUUUGGUUUUAAGGCUAAUGGAUGAUAUUACCACCCACAAGGAGGAGCAAGAAAGAGGCCAUGUAGCUUCAAGCAUCGAGUGCUACCAAAAAGAAACUGGUGCAUCCGAGAAGGAAGCAUGUGAAUUCAUCUCUAACAUGGUUGAAGAUGCAUGGAAAGUUAUAAAUCGAGAGUCGCUCAGACCAACCGACAUCCCAUUUCCUCUACUACCGUCCACAAUCAACUUUGCUCGUGCGUGUGACGUCAUAUAUAAAGUCAACGACAGCUACACUCAUGCUAGGAAGGAGAUGAUAAAUCACAUUAAAUCGCUAUUGGUUCACCCAUUAGCUAUUUAAGAUUCAAGACUAAAUGCAUGGUCUUUGUCUGCGUUAACAAAUAUCGUUGUUGUAAUGUAUUUUUCUUAUGCUUAUUGUGUGUGUGAUAAGCGUAUAUUUCUGGCCAUGCACGUACGUUGUUCUAUGUGCAUGCCAUACUACGUGCCUGUCAUACCAGUGUUCCAAGGGAUGUUAUAAAAUAAAUGUUUGGUAAUAUAAUUGUUGUUUAAUUACCUGUUAUA